CUGAACUAAUUUGGUCUACUUGACUUUCCGUAGCUGGUCACGUGACCCAAAUAAUCUAUAAAUACAUGGGGUGAAGCAUCCGUUUAUUUCCGCUGGAAGAGAGCGUAGGAAGAUGGCGUCGACUAGUCGUGGAGAAGCUCUAAGUCUGCCCAGAGUCACAUGUCCCAACCACCCCGAUGCCAUCCUGGUGGAGGACUACCGAGCAGGGGACAUGAUUUGCCCCGAGUGUGGUCUUGUUGUUGGUGAUCGGGUCAUUGACGUGGGUUCAGAGUGGAGAACCUUCUCCAACGAGAAAGCUCAGAAAGAUCCAUCCAGAGUGGGAGACGCUCAGAAUCCUUUGCUCAACGGAGGAGAUCUAACUACUAUGAUCGGGAAG